CGCCGGCGCAGAGCCCCGCGCUGAGGGCCCCUCGCUCGGGCUUUCCGAUGCUGCCGGUACCGCCGGUACCGCCGCCCUCCCUUCCCGCCCCGCGAGCUCUUCCGCCGGGCGGUCCCGCGGCCCCUGGCUGGCGACGGAGGGCGGGAUAACGGGAGCCAGGCAUUACGGCGGGCGCCUGUGCGCGGGCAGUGCGGAAGGCCCCCGAGUGGCGCGGCGCGUCCCGCCCGCCGCUGAGCGGGCCGUUGGUCGGCGGCGGGGCGGGCGGUGAUGCGGCUGCAGUGCGAGGUGGAGGUGGUCAGCCGGCUCCUGCCCACCUGCGGGCUGCGGGGUCGCGGCCGUGGCACCAGGGCGCUCCUCUCGCUCGGCCGCCCGCCCGGACGGGCUCAGGGCGGUGGCGUUUACCUCAUGGUGUGCACGGCGCGGGACCGGGUCGGGGCUCGCUACAAGGUGCAGGAGAACAUCGAGCGGUUCUUCACCCGGUUCGUGGAGGAAGGCAAGGCCACCGUGCGCCUCCGGGAGCCCGCCGUGGAUGUCUGCCUCAGCAAGGCAAAUGCCAGCAAUUUAAAGAAUUUCCUUUCAGCUGUGAGACUGGCUCACCAAGGCACUGACACAGGAGCUCUCCCUCUCUCAACUUUGGUACCAGCAAAGAACUCAGAAGUUGAAAAACCUAAGACAAAAAUGAUCAUAACAUCAAGAAGAGACUACCCUCUCACCAAAAACUUCCCUUAUUCCCUUGAACACCUCCAAGCCUCGUACUGCAAACUGGCUCAGAUCGACAUGCGUGUGCUUUGUUUGAAGAAACUCCGAAAACUAGACCUAAGUCAUAAUCACAUUAAGCAGCUGCCAGCUACUAUUGGUGACCUGACCUGUCUUCAGGAGCUCAUUUUGCACGACAAUCACCUGGAGGCGUUCAGUGGGGCUCUGUGCGACUCCACCCUUCAGAAAUCUCUUCAGUUCUUGGACCUGAGCCAAAACAAAAUCAAAGCACUUCCAAUUCAGUUCUGCCAGCUGCGAGAACUCGUGAAUUUGAAGCUGGAUGACAAUGAGUUGAUUAGGCUGCCAUUCAAGAUUGGCCAGUUAGAUCAUCUACGCUUUCUGUCAGCAGCUCGAAACAAACUUCCUUUCCUGCCCAGUGAUUUUAGGAAACUCUGUCUCGAGAGCCUGGAUCUCUUUGGAAAUCCUUUUGAACAGCCCAAUCCACUUGUUCCCAACAUACAAUUGCAAAUACCAUUGACUUUAUUAGAGUGUGCUGCAAGAGCAACCCUAAAUUACAGGAUAACACAGGAAAUCAGUGAUGUGGAAGCAUUUAGAGAAAGUUACAGGUUGAAAUGGUUUUAUCCACAAAAUGGGAGUACUGUAACAAUAUUCUUGCCCAACUAUGGGAAAAGAGAAUCAGAUCUACAACCCUGAACCUCAAUUUAGUAUUGAGGAGCUUACGUUACAGUGGAUUUUGUGGCACCGAUCGUGUUUUGUGUUGGGCUUUAGCUUGGGAAUUGCUUUCAGACAUGGUUGCCCUUCAUCUUGUGCUCGCAUUAAGCAGUGCAUGCUACCUGUUAGCCUGUUGCUAUCUUUUGCUCUGUGAAAAUAGUAUGUUGGCAAAUGGUAACCUACCAUACAGCUCCUAGUUGCAGCCACGGAUUGGUCUUCCUUUGCUGGAGAUGGGACCUUCCACAAGCUGAGCAGAGUUAGAAAGGUACAGUCAGGUGGCUUCACAGAGAGCAAAUGUUAUGCUGGAGUCAGCGCUACCAACCACAGGCUUCUCCCUACCUUAGGUUUUCCUUAAGCUGUUAAUUUCCUUUGGUGUGGGAGUAAGGUUGUUCUGUCUUAGGUGGAGAAGCCCAGUUCUGAAGUAAUUUUAAAAUUCUUAUUUCACCAAGUAAACAUUGUCCUUGCUAGGCUGCUCUUCCUUAUCAGCUUUCUCCCCUUCCCCCACACCACUCACAUAGCGCUGCCUGCAUGCUGCCACUGAUCUUUCCGAUAUCAGCCACUGCUACUCCUACCCUCUUCUGGGUGGAAAGGGAGCAAGAAGAUGGAAGAGAGUCAUGGGUACAGGCAGGGGGUGAGAGACACACCUAAGGGGUUCCUAAUCUACAUUCUGUGCUCAUUCCUGCCUUGGGGGUGGGGAGCGCCCCAUAAACCUGGGUUCAUUACUCUGAAGUCUGUGCUAAAGGUGUCCACAGGCACGCAGGGCACACCCUGGAAAUGAGCUGAGCAACCAAAUGUUCUGGCUCAUAUCUUUCUGACCUUGCUGAUGUUAUUAAGAGUAAUUAAACUCCACAUGUCUCCUUUCCCAACUUUAUAUAAAUUGCAGUGAUUUUGAUAGAAAUAUGCUAUCAUGUUUGUGGCAUUUUGGUUUGAUUUUUUUUU